AUGUGGAAACUAAUCACAGGAUUUCAUCCAUUCGGUAACGUAACUUAUAAUCUUGCUCUAGUGGUUAGAAUACUUGAGGGAGAAAGACCUCAAAUUGAUUCUGAAAUGCCAAAAGAAUUUGUUCAAUUUGACAUGUAUAAAGGUGUUUUAAACUUGGAUGAAUUAUUCAGCAAAUUGAAUUAUACUCAAGCCAAGCAUCCUUCAAAC